UAAUUUAUAAAAUGGAUAGUUUACCAGAAACAGUCGGUACUAUUAAUAAUGAAGAUUAUUCAAAAACAUCAAUAAAAGAUGAAACAUUAUUGCGAUUUGAACCGUUUUCAUCUUGUCUUGAUCCUAAUUUUUGGUUCAAAGUCUGUCAAUUAAAAUUAGAAGUUGAUAAGCUAGAUGAAAUCCAUAGACCAUUGACUGGAUAUUAUACUUCAAAUAAUAAUCCAUAUAUGUCAUUUGACUGUUCAUCUUUUAAUCAAGAAGUUAAUGAUGAAACAUCUUUUAAAUGUAUUGCUCGUGGCUACUGUUUAAAUAAAAAUACAAUAGACUCAUUUAAGACAUGUGAUAAAAAUGAGUUGUUAAAAAAAUUUGGUGAACGAUUAUUAAAUGAUUUCCAAUCCGGUAAAGCUAUUGAAGACCCAUCAUUAAUUCCAACUUUUGAUAUAUUAAUGUAUACUGAUUUGAAACGAUAUAUUUUUUACUUUUGGUUUGCGUUUCCAUCAUUUUCCGGGCCAAAGUAUUGUCUAAAUGAUGUACCUACUUCUCUUAAAAAUACAUUUUCUCCUACACAGUUUGAUUUAUUGGUUUUUGGAUUUAAAAAUCUUAAAAUUGACCAAAGAGGAUUUUUUGGAAUUGUAUCCACAAAAGAAGAAAACCUUACUGUUAUGACUCUAAAAGAGUAUAUAGAUUUACUCAAAAAUAAUACAGGAAAUGAUUCAGUAGGUUAUUUAGUGUUUGCCGAUCCAUCAGAUUUAUUGAAUAAUCCUGGAUGGCCACUACGAAAUCUUCUGUAUUUAAUUUUACUUCACUGCCCUUCCAUAAGAACUUCAGUGUUGAAAGUAAUAGCAUUACGAGGUUCUCCUUCUACUAAAUUUUCAGCAAGCAUGUUAUUUAAUAUAAAACUAUCUUCUGAAAUGAUUCUUAGGCAAGAUGCUAUUAAAUUUGUGGGUUGGGAAAAAAAUUCUAAAGGAAUGUUCUGUCCGAAAUAUGUAGAUCUAAGUAAAACCAUGGAUUCUACAAAACAAGCAAAAGCAUCUGUAGAUCUAAAUCUUAAGUUAAUGAAAUGGCGCAUUGCUCCUGACUUAAAUUUAGAUAUUGUUGCUCAAUCAAAAUGUCUAAUUAUUGGGGCUGGUACGCUUGGUUGUUGUGUGGCAAGAAAUUUAAUGGCAUGGGGUGUUCAUAACAUAACAUUUAUUGAUAGCGGGAAAGUAUCAUAUUCAAAUCCAGUUAGACAGUCAUUAUAUAGACAUUCUCAUUGCAUCAAUUCAAAUACUUACAAAGCGAUAGCUGCUGCUGAUGUAUUACGGGAAAUACAUCCAGAAAUUAAUAGUACUGGUGUGGUUAUGAGUAUUCCAAUGCCUGGCCAUGUGGCAAAUAUUGAUGAUCAUAAAAAUGUAGAUUUGUUAUCCAAAUUAAUAGAAGAUAAUGAUGUUAUAUUUUUGUUGACGGAUUCUCGAGAAAGUCGUUGGUUACCUACCAUGUUAUCUACAUUACAUAAUAAGCUUGCUAUAACUGCGGCAUUAGGAUUUGAAUCAUAUUUAGUACUCAGACAUGGAGUUGAAGUACAAAAUGUUUCUUCUGGUGAAAAAAAAUUAGGUUGUUAUUUUUGUAAUGAUGUCACAGCACCUGGAAAUUCACUCGUAGAUAAGACACUUGACCAGCAAUGCACAGUCACCAGACCAGGUGUUUCCAACAUAGCAGGAGCUUUGGCUGUUGAGUUAUUUGUAUCAUACAUUCAAUUGAAGCACAAUGUGUUGGCGAAUGCUAAAUGUUGUUUAGGGAUUGUGCCUCAUUCCAUUAGAGGAUUUAUAUCUGAUUUUCAACAAAUAACACCAUUUACUUCAAGUUUUUUUCAAUGCAUUGCAUGUUCACCAAUAGUCAUCAAUGACUUUUUAAAUAAAAAAGAGGAGUUUUUAAGUAAUGUAUUUACAAAUCCUAACUAUUUAGAAGAUUUAACUGGAUUAACAAGUCUUAAGAAUGAAUUUGAAAACAUUCAAAUUUUUGAAAUGAAUGAUUCAGAUGUUGAAGAUUCUGGAACUUAUAGCGAACAAGUGUGAUACUUUUUUUUUAAAAUUUUAAAAUUUAUUUUUUAUUUUUAUUAUUUAUUCA